GGGGGCGUGGCCGGGGGCGUGGCCGGGGGCGUGGCCGCGGCGCGCGGCCGCAGGGAGCGCGGGAUGGCGGCGGGCGAGAAGCGCAUCCUGUGCGUGGGGCUGGUGUGCCUGGACGUCAUCAGCGUGGUGGAGGCCUUCCCCGCCGAGGACUCCGACACCAGGUGCGUGUCGCAGCGAUGGCAGCGGGGUGGCAACGCCUCCAACUCCUGCACGGUGCUGGCGCUGCUGGGAGCCCCCUGCGCCUUCAUGGGCUCGCUGGCCCCCGGGCACGCCGCCGACUUCGUCCUGGACGACCUGCGGCGCUACGGGGUGGACGCGCGCCACGCGGUGCGGCAGCCCGCCGGCCGCCUGCCCGCCUCCAUCGUCAUCGCCAGCGCCAGCCGGGGCACCCGCACCAUCCUGCACGCCGGCGGGAACCUGCCCGACGUGACGGCCCGCGACUUCGAGCGGGUCGACCUCUCCCAGUACAAGUGGAUCCACUGGGAGGCCCGUAACGCGGGGGAGCAGGCGGCCAUGGUGCGGCGGGUGGAGCGGCACAACCAGAGCCGCCCGGCCGGGGAGCGCGUCCGCAUCUCGGUGGAGGUGGAGAAGCCGCGGGAGGAGCUGCUGCCGCUCAUGGCGCUGGGACACGUGGUGUUCAUCAGCAAGGACCUGGCCCAGCACUUCGGGUACCGCUCGGCCGCCGAGGCGCUGCGGGGUCUGCGCCACCGCGUGCAGCCGGGGGCCACCCUGAUCUGCGCCUGGGCCGAAGCGGGGGCCGACGCCGUGGGUCCCGACGGGGAGCUGGUGCACUCGGACGCCUUCCCCCCGGAGACCCUGGUGGACACGCUGGGGGCCGGCGACACCUUCAACGCCGCCGUCAUCUUCGCGCUGGCGGAAGGGAAGAGCCUGCAGGACGCCCUCACCUUCGGCUGCCGCAUCGCCGGCAAGAAAUGCGGGAUCGAGGGUUUCGACGGCAUCGUCUGAGCUGUGUGUGCCCCGUGCCAGGAACAGGCGCUCCCCCUUUCCCCCGUGCACGCUACGCACCCCUGCACCCAGCGCACACCCCCCCGCACACACACACCCCACACAUACCCCCCCCCAGCCCUGCUGCCAAUAAAGCCCCACUGCUGCC